CAUCGAACGAAUAACGGGAUUUCCCCGUCCACCCAUUCCCAACGAUUGGUUACACCGUGGCGCUUGCAUGGUGCGCUGGAUUCGGGCUGUCUCACAGGCUUAGGUCAGCAGGGAGCACCACGGCAAAACCUCUCCUGUCAGCUUUCAUGAUCUUGCCACCAGCGUUCCACAUAAGAACGCCGGCACCCCGCCAUCAGAGCACAACCCCAGCUGAUAGAGGUUCCUGUCCCGAAAAAGAACAAAUGAACGAGAAGAGGGUGAGAUGUGGCUCCCCGUGGCUGGGCGUAGCUGCCUCAGCUCUGGUCGUGGCUUCCCGGUGUUGGGUGUGUUGGCUGAGCCCCUCCUGGUUCACUUAUUUUAACGUCACUUCCUCUUUCACUUCCAUUCAGCAUGCUUUUUUUCUCCUCAAGGCUGCUGCGUUCACUUCCUCGAUCCCCUUCUAGAUUCCUUCUUCUGCGUUUCGCCAUAUUUCACACCCCACAAAGAACUUCUCCUUUCUUUGCUUGUAGAGCUUUCACGAUGGCUGCUGCUAAUCGCCAUCCCAAACGCCUGAUUGUAGGCUGCGACGGCACCUGGCAGUCGGCGGAUACUGGUCCUCCCGAGGAUCCCACGAAUGUCAUCAACUUCCUGAGGGCGCUCAACCAUAACGCCAUGGGAGAUCGGAAGGAGCAGAUUAUCUUCUACCAAGCCGGUGUGGCUACGGGCGGAGUGCUGCCAAUCCAAAAGGCUCUUGCAGGUGGUAUGGGUCUCGGUCUGGAAGAAAAUGCCGAGGAUGCAUAUUCCUUCAUCGCCCACAACUACGUCGAAGGGGACGAGAUCUUCAUUGUCGGCUUCUCCCGCGGAGCAUACACAGCUCGUUUCGUAGCCGGCUUGCUGGGUAUACUCGGUGUCCUCUCCAGAGUCGGAAUGAGGCAUUUCAAGCCCAUCAUUGAGAUCUACAAGGCUGCUCAAGACAGCACGGAGUUCAACACCAAGCUUCAGGCGUACAAGACGAAUCAGAAAACACCUAUGGUUGCAAGUGAUUAUUGUGUUACCAAUGAGAACGUUAAUAUCAAGGCUGUGGCGUGCUGGGAGACGGUCGGUGCAAUGGGUGUCCCGGAUAAUACUCUGGCGAAGCUGCUGAAGCUGAAUGCGAAGUGGGAUUUCCUUGAUACUCAAUUGCCUUUGCGCAUCGAGUUUGCCUUCCAAUCUCUAGGUCUCGACGAGCAUCGCUCCUCAUUUUCUCCCACACUCUGGUGGCUCAACCCAAACGCAACCUGGGAAAACUCAUUCGACCACCGAAUUAUCAAGCCCGAGCUAAUCCAAUGCUGGUUCCCCGGCCACCACAGCGACGUGGGAGGCGGCAAUCCCGAUCAGAAGAUCCAAAAUAUCACGCUCGCCUGGAUGAUCGACCAAUUUGCCAGCCGUGGACUCCUCGACUUUAACACCCCAUUCGUACAAAACAUUCUCUCUGUCACACAAGAUAACAAAGACCCUAACUGGAACGGAAACAAGGAUCCCUUCGGCGACGGUGCUCUUUCUGUGGUCUGGCGCCUCCUUGGCUCAAAGACUAGAACUCCAGGACAGUACCCAAUACCGACGGUCAACACGAUCGGCUCCGUAACGAACGAGGUGAUGCAUUUUACGGUGCGGGAGAAGAUGGAGCAGGUUGCAAAGCCGGGUGCGAGUCCACCCCUGCCGCUGCCGAGUCCGGCGUUGGCGGGGUUUGAGUAUGACGAGAGGGCGAAACGGUGGGUUUGGAAUAAGGGGAAGGCGGGGAGCUUUGAGAUGCCGGAGUUCAAACUCCCUCCUUCGGACUCGAUGCAAAAUUGGCUUUGUGGGGAUUGGCUGAAGAGCCAGGAUGCUGAGAGCUGACUGGCAUGACUUGGGGAUUUUGCUUCCUGCGAAAAAUGGUUGAUAUCCUGGUUGCGUUACUUUGGCGUUGCCCUGGGCUUUGAAACAAGGUUUUACUUGCGCCUCUAAUAUGGCCAUGCUGCAGCAAGGAAUGGCAGCCUCUGGUGGCGCUGCUUCUCUCGCAGAUGCUUAAUGAAUCUCAUGAAAAUUAAACAAUCAAUUAAUCCCACG